UCCCACUUCGUUCCACAGAGCGCGAUGGCCGACAAGCCCGCUAUCCUAGAGCCCGAGAUCGCGUCCAGUUCCAGCACUGCGCACGCCUCGACCGGCGUGUACCGUCCCGACGUCGAUACGAGUGCGGUGGACGAACGCAGGCUGAUGCGCAAGCUCGACAUGGCGCUCGUUCCCUGGCUGUCGUUUUUGUACCUGCUGAGUUUUCUGGACCGUACGAGUAUCGGAAACGCGAAGCUCUAUCAUAUGGAGACGGAUCUGCACAUGUCCGACACACAAUACCUGAUCGCCUUGACCGUCUUUUUCUUCAGUUACGCUGCGUUCGAAGUCGUGCCGUCGAAUGUGUUUCUCAAACGUCUGCGGCCGUCGAUAUGGCUGUCGCUGCUGAUGCUCUUCUGGGGAGUCAUAAUGACCGCACAGGGCCUCGUGCACAAUUACGGCGGUCUUCUCGGAAUGCGAUUUCUGCUCGGGACGUUCGAGGCAGGCUUGUUUCCUGGCGUCGCCUACUACCUUUCAUGCUGGUACAAACGGUCUGAAUUCGGGAUAAGAGCUGCCAUCUUCUUCUCUGCUGCGACCGUCUCGGGAGCAUUUGGUGGCUUGCUUGCUGCCGCCAUAUCGAAGAUGGAGGGGAUCGGCGGCAAACCCGCCUGGGCAUGGAUCUUGUCAGCGAGAAUCUUCUCGCGCAUCUCCAUACUCAUACAUCGGGACAGCAUUCUCGAAGGCCUCGCCUCCGUCCUCGCGGGAGUCGCCUCAUUUUGGAUCGUCCAGGACUUUCCCGACACGGCUAAAUUCCUUAGCGAGCCCGAGCGUGUGUUUGUUAUCCGGCGCUUGCAGUCGGACGAUCAAUUUUCGGCGGCUGGGGAGAGUCUGAAGCUGAAGUAUAUUUUCCAGAGCUUGUUGGAUUGGAAGACUUGGAUCGGAAUGAUGAUAUGUGUGGGUUAUGACAUGCCUCUCUAUGCCUUCUCGCUCUUCCUGCCCACCAUUAUCAACCAACUGGGCUACACAGCAACACCGGCCAACUUGCUCACUUUGCCUGUUUACAUCUUUGCUUGCUGCAUCACCUGCAUCGUUGCGUUCCUGUCUGAUCGAUAUGGGAGGCGCGGUUACUUCAAUAUUGGUUUCUUAUGUCUAGGCGCCGUAGGCUAUAUCAUCCUGAUCAUAUCUCGCACUCCAGCGCUGUCAUAUUUGUAUGUUAUGGCUACCUGUGGAAUUUAUCCUGUGAUUCGACUGGUGCUGAUGUACAUCGCCAUCGGAAUCAUCGCGUCGAUCACAUACUACCUCGCCCUCCGCGCUGAGAAUGCGCGUCGGGACAGGGGAGAGCGGGACGAAGUUAUCGGCAAGUCUGAGGAUGCCGACUCGGAGCGUCUCGCGGCGAGGAAUGGGCGAUUUGAGAGCGUUGCAGAAGCCAAACGGGAGAAGGGUGACGAGUGGAGUGGAUAUCGGUACACUCUGUAAUUUCACUCCCCACAGGCUUACCUGCCUCCAUGUAUUCUGUAGAAGACAUACGACGCCGUGGCACGCAUGAGUGCCGGGAUCAGCUGUGCAUCACGAUUUACCUACCCACCUACCCCCGCUGAACCUGUGUCCAAUGCCAGAAUCAGAUACAUACAUAGAAACUUGGGAGAGAUAGUAGCUUUUGCUCCGGUGAUCAGCAUGUCAAAGGACAAAGAAAGACAGAUCCUUGUUCCCCCGCACUCUAGCCGAUAUCAAUGACUGCCCGUGCGUGCGUUCCGGGGUUUCUCGUCCCCAACGUCGACCCCAAGAUUGAAAGCAAGUAUCUGACCGCGUGCACCAUGCUUGCCUAGAACGAUAACGUUUAGGGCACGCAUCAGGAAAAAGGGAAAGAGAUCAAGAGGUGGAAGUUGAGUGCAAGGAUCACGAAUGAAGAAGCUGUGGCCUACCCCGGGUACCAGCAGACGAAGCGCACUUUAGCGAGAUAGCGAAGCGCUCCAGGCCGUAAUGACAACGAGGUUCUGGUGCUUCGUGAAACGAGGCCAGAGAUAACGAGACACGCCGGACCCACACAUGCAGACGGCAGCGGCUACAAGUAUGUAGAACAUAUCCUACAUUGCAUAGUCGGCUAGGAAUGUGUGAGAGUUUACCCUAUUGGCGUCGGGCGGAGUGAUGAGAAAACUGAUCAAUUGGGGUAGAAAGAGAGCGGGCAGGCAACUGAUGUUGUCGUACGAUGAUCGAAAAGUUAUAUAUUUUCUGGUGUCACUUUCUCCCGUUAUAAAAGGCGUGCCGCGAAUCCCAUUCACUCGUUACCUAACACUUUUCCUCCUCCCCUGACUUCCCCUCCACCGCGACCACUAAUACUAUGACUAUCCCGAUUCCUUCUGCUUCUGAGAUCCCGCGUCCCAAGGAUGUCGGUAUUCUGGGCAUGGACGUCUACUUCCCCUACCGAUGCAUCUCCGAGGCAGACCUAGAGGCAUUCGACGGUGUCUCCAAGGGCAAAUACACUAUUGGUCUCGGACAGGAAUACAUGGCCUGGCCUGACGACCGCGAGGACAUCAACUCCUUCGCCCUCAACGCCGUCUCCGGUCUGCUAGAAAAGUUCAACGUCGACCCCAAAUCUAUCGGGCGCAUUGACGUGGGCACCGAAACCAUCAUCGACAAGUCCAAGUCGGUCAAGACGUCGCUCAUGAGCCUCUUUGCCGAGUCGGGCAACUUCGAUAUCGAGGGUAUCGACUCGAAGAACGCGUGCUAUGGCUCCACCGCUGCGCUGUACAACGCCAUCAAUUGGGUCGAGUCCUCGUCGUGGGACGGCCGGAACGCGAUUGUCGUAGCCGGCGAUAUCGCCAUCUACGCCAAGGGUGCCGCCCGCCCCGCCGGCGGUGCUGGUGCUUGUGCCAUCCUCAUUGGCCCGAACGCGCCGGUGGUGUUCGAACCUAUUCAUGGCUCGUACAUGGCGGACACGUACGACUUCUACAAACCCAACCUGUCGUCGGAGUACCCCGAGGUCGACGGGCCUGUCUCGGUCGUGACCUACAUCAAGGCGCUGGACGAGUCCUACCGCGCAUACAAGACCAAGGUCGCCAGGGCCGCGAAGCGGGCUCAGCUCCCGGACGUGACCCCCUUCUCGCUGAACGACGUCGACUACGCGCUGUUCCACAGCCCGUACGGCAAGCAAGCCGUCAAGGGGCACGCCCGCAUGGUCUACAACGACUUCAUCACCAACCCCCAUGAUCCGGUAUUUGCCGCCGUCCCUGAUGCCGAACGCCUGCUGUCCCUGACACCGGAGGCGUCGCUUUCCGACAAGAACGUGGAGAAGACGUUCAUCGCUGCCGGCAAGAAGUGUUUCACCGAGAAGGUGGAGCCGGGCAUGGCCUGCUCCAAGCGACUCGGCAACAUGUACACCGCGUCGCUCUACGGCUGUCUCGCAUCGCUGCUCUCGACGGUGCCCCCUGCCGAGCUGCUGGGCAAGCGCGCGAGCCUGUAUGCGUUCGGUUCCGGCUGUGCAAGCAGCUUCUGGACGAUGCGAUUCAAGGGCGACACAAGCGACAUUGCGACCAAGAUGGACCUGGUCAACCGGCUGUCCAAAAUGAAGGUCGUGCCGUGCCAAGAGUUCGUUGACGGUCUCGAGCUCCGUGAAAAGAACCACAACGCUGUCGACUACACCCCUGAAGGGUCCAUCGAGAACAUCUGGCCGGGUGCAUACUACCUCGAGAGUGUGGACGCCAAAUACCGUCGCAAAUACGUGAAGCGCCCGCUCGCCUGAGUUUUGCUGUCGUUGUUUUUCUUGCUGCUGCUUUAUCAUAGAUACCACGGGCAUUGUAAUAAUAUUCUCGGGCGACGAGAUUGGAUGUACGGAUAUGGCUAGUCGAGACCGACAUAGAUAUCUCUCUGGGACGAUCUAAUUGUGCCAGUCGGUCUGAUCGAACAUACAGUACCUGCUGGGAACAUCCCACCCGUAAUGUGCAUUCCCAGUUUUGAUUAAUGUUGUCUUUCAGUAAAAUCACUAUAUUCAGAGCGGGUCGA